GCGCCUUGAUGGGCUGAAGAAGUUGGUCCUUACCAAUAUGUCUGCCGAUAUAUGCAAAGGAAUACAAGCGGUGCUGGAUAAGAUGCCCAAAUUGGAAUAUCUAGAAAUAAACAAUUAUAAUGAUAUGAUGACUUGCCAUGAUUAUGGGCCUCUAUCGCGUCUGACACGUUUGCAGCAUCUCUUGGUGUCGAUACAAGUGCCCGAUGAGGGUGUGGAAGCUAUAUUGCAGAACUGCAAGGAGUUGACUAGCUUGAAUUUCUCAGGUUGUGCAGCCAUGACCGGGUCCUCCGUGGCUGCCUCCGUGUGCCGCUGGGGCUCGCGGCUCCGCUCGCUGACCCUGGAAGGCUUCGAUGGAUUGAAUGACGAAGAUGUGGUCACCAUCAUCAGAGGAUGCCCCGAGCUUAUGUCGUUGGAAUUGAUGGAGUCUCAGUAUUUGACGCCCAACCUGCCGGAGCUCGCGUCGGAGGCGCGCCACGCGGCGCGGCCCGGCGUGCGUCUGCGCCUCCAGAUAGACUACAGCCUUAUGUCGGAUGAGGUUCGACUGGCACAAAUGUGCGAGGAGUAUGAUCAGUUUAAGUCGGAGUAUGAAGACCUGGAUAUAGAGUUAUUAUUGUUACCUUAAAUAAUCUUACAAUAAUAAUAUCUUUUUAUCAGAAAA